UGGGAUACUGUGCUAAGUGCUAAAACAUACCAAAAAGCAAAAACAAAACAUGCAAAGAAAGGCAAAAGAUAGUCCUUGCUCACAGAGCGUUCACAGUCGAAAGGACUCCAGGAUGUCGAAUUUAGAGCCAGAGGACCUGCUGCCACUUACUCUGUGUGCCCUGAGGCACACACAGUUUCCUCAUCUGCUGGACUAGACUCUGGGGUCCCUUCCAUUUCUAAAUCUUUGAUCCUAAGGUUCCCACUUCCAGGUGGCUCCUGGACUUAACCUUGAGCAGAGGAGGAGACAGCUAGAUCGAGACGGGGAAAGGAAAGAGGCGCGAGAGUAGUUUCCCGGUCCUGGGGUGCCUGUCCCGUGCACAGCAGGCAAGAUUGCAGACUGACUGUCUGACCACAAAGUCUGGGGAGCCAUGCCUGGAGGCCGGGACCUCAUCCUGACGGCUUUGGACAACCUGACCGAAGAUGAGUUCAAGAGGUUCAAAAGCAAAUUGCUGACAGUGCCCCUGCGGGACGGCUUCAACCGCAUCCCCCGGGGGAUCUUGCACGACUUGGACCGCUUGGACCUCACCGACAGGAUCAUCAGUUAUUACCUAGAGGACUACGGGACAGAGCUGACUGUGCAGGUGCUCCUGGACAUCGGCAUGCGGGAGGAGGCUGUGAGACUCCAGCAAGCAGCAUGAUCUGGUGACGCUCCGGACCCAGGGCCUCCGUCUGUUCCCCAUGCCCCUUAUUCUUUUUGUGUCUGAGAACUGAGACCUUAACCUUGACCCAUCCCGUACCUUCCUCCUAACUAGAACCUGUGUCCUGACCCCAGCUUCCUGCCCCCAACCGCCUGGCCCCCGCAGUUACACUCCAUUUCUGUCUCUCAAACCGUCCCCUAACACACCCAACUUGGCUAGACAAGCAGUGCAGCCAGCUGGGAGAAGUCUUCUAAGACCCAGAAGGAAUUCCAUCUUGAGGGGACUGAAGGAUAAAGAGUCACCUCCUUCACAUUCCCCUCUCUCAUUACAGCCUGAGGCUCAGCACUGACCGAGAGGAGCACUUCUGGGAAACUCCCAUCAAGACUAUAUACAUCAUGGACCAGGGCUGAUUGAACUUAUCAUUGGACUCAUGGAAGUAGGCAAAUGAAUCCUAAUUGAAGACAUCACCAAGCCUAAUUUGAAGAAGUUCUUCAGUUUUAUGGAGGCAUGGGGCUUCAUCUGCCAGAACCCAGGGCAGUCUUUCUAUCACUGAAACUAAGGGACCUCUUACUGUUCCCUGACCCUCCUCUGGCUCCAUCUCUUCCCACAAAGUCAACUUCUGUGCCAAGCAUCUGGCCUGUCCCCCAACCUCACCCACUUGUACCUAUAUUUUAAUAUAUUCAAAUUCACUAAAA